AUGGUGCUAGAGGCGACAAUGAUCUGCAUCGAUAAUUCUGAGUGGAUGCGGAACGGCGACUACUCCCCCAAUCGAUUCCAGGCUCAAGCUGACGCUGUUAAUCUCAUUUGUGGCUCAAAAACACAGUCAAAUCCAGAGAAUACAGUUGGAGUGUUAACAAUGGCAGGAAAAGGAGUUCGAGUAUUGGUCACACCGACUAGCGAUCUUGGAAAGAUCCUAGCUUGCAUGCACGGUCUGGAAACAGGUGGUGAGAUGAACUUGGCAGCAGGGAUCCAGGUGGCGCAACUGGCUCUCAAGCAUCGCCAAAACAAAAAACAACAACAAAGGAUUAUUGUAUUUGCUGGCGGUCCUGUGAAAUAUGACAAGAAGGUGUUGGAGAUGAUUGGAAGGAAAUUGAAAAAGAACAGCGUUGCUCUUGAUGUUGUUAACUUUGGUGAGGAGGAUGAUGGGAAGGCUGAGAAGCUUGAGGCACUGGUUGCUGCUGUGAAUAAUAAUGAUAGCAGUCAUGUUGUGCAUGUUCCUCCUGGUCCAAGUGCUCUUUCUGAUGUGCUGAUCAGUACACCUAUUUUUACUGGUGAUGGAGAGGGAGGAAGUAGUUUUGCAGCCGCUGCAGCAGCAGCCGGUGGAGUAUCUGGUUUUGAAUUUGGAGUGGAUCCGAACCUGGAUCCUGAACUUGCACUCGCGCUUCGAGUUUCAAUGGAAGAGGAGAGGGCAAGGCAAGAAGCAGCUGCAAAGAAGGCUGGAGAAGAAGCUGCAAAGCAGGAAAGUGGUGAACAUUCUGCAUCACAGGAUGCUACCAUAUCUGAAAAUGUGAUCACUGGAACAACUGAACCCGAAAACAAGACAAAAGACCAAAUGGAUGAUGAAAAUGCAUUGUUACAGCAGGCUCUCGCAAUGUCUAUGGAUGAUUCUUCCUCUGCUGUUGCUACACGGGAUACCGAAAUGUCAGAAGCAGCUACUGAUGAUCCCGAUUUGCAGCUUGCCCUUCAGUUGUCCGUGCAGGAGGGUACAAAAGACCAAUCAAACGAGUCAGAUAUGAAUAAGCUGCUUGCAGACCAGUCUUUUGUGUCCUCUAUCCUGGCUUCGCUUCCAGGAGUUGUCAGGCUGAGUCCCAGCAGAAUAAGGAUGAAGAUGAAGCACCAAAAGAAGAGGAAAAGAAGUGAUGAUGCUUCAGCUGAUAUCCACUGUCAGGAUGAGGAUGAAUGUUGUCAAAGGGGAUUGUAA